AACGAUCUCUUCCAAGCACCAGCGCGACAUGUCGUCUGUCGCAGAAGACAGCUUUGUCGUCUCGGACGCCGAGUCGGACGCCUUCGUGCCGUCGCCUGCGGCGGCCAAGAAGAAGGCAGCGCCUGCAGGGGCCAAGAAGACGGCGGCGGCAGCGCCAAAGGCCAAGGCAGCGGCAGGCGCCCCUAAGAAGAAGCCGCUGGCCAAGAGCAAGGCCAACCUGGGUGCCGACGGCGAGGGCGAGCUCAACAACGACGACGUGGUCAUGGUCGAUGCCACCAACGGGUCGCACUCCAUGUCGUCGAGCCAGGAGAACGUCGUGCCCGUGCCUGCCGUCGCCGUCGCCGCGUCCUCGUCCAGCAAGACGGCCACGCAGACCUACCAAAAGCUCUCGCAGCUGGAGCACGUCCUCAAGCGGCCAGACACAUACAUUGGCAGCAUCGAGCAGCACACGGAGAAGCUGUGGGUGUACGAUGCCACGCGCAAGCAGAUGGCCUACCGCGAGACGACGUAUGUGCCGGGCUUCUACAAGAUCUUUGACGAGAUUCUCGUCAAUGCCGCCGACAACAAGGUACGUGACCCCACGAUGGACGCCAUCAAGGUGACCAUCGACAAGAACGAAGGGAGCAUCAGCGUGUGGAACAGCGGCAAGGGCAUUCCGAUUGAGAUGCACGAAAAGGAGGGCGUCUAUAUCCCCGAGCUCAUCUUUGGCCACCUCCUCACCUCGUCCAACUACGACGACGAUGAGGCCAAGGUCACCGGCGGCCGCAACGGCUACGGCGCCAAGCUCGCCAACAUCUACUCGACCGAAUUCACCGUCGAGACGGCCGAGGCGCGGACCGAGCAAAAGUACAAGCAGGUCUUUACCAAGAACAUGAGCGACAAGGGCAAGCCCAAGAUCACAAAGAACAAGGGCGCAAAGGACUUCACCCAGAUCACCUUCAAGCCCGACCUGGCGCGCUUCGGCAUGGACCGCAUCGACGACGACAUCGAGGCCCUCAUGAUGAAGCGCGUGUACGACAUGGCGGGCACCGUCAAGGACGUCAAGGUCUUUCUCAAUGGCGAGCGGCUCAAGAUCAAGGGCUUCAAGCAGUACGUGGAGAUGUACGUCAGCGCCAUCAACGAGCUCAGCAACGGCGGGCCCGCUGCCGAGCCCAAGGUCGACGAGGACGGCGACCUGAGCAUUACUGAUGGGGCCGCGCCGGCGCCCACGAAGCAGACCAUCAUCUUUGACUCGACCGUCGACAGGGGAAAGACGUGGGAGGUGGCCUUUGCCGUGUCCGACGGCGAGUUCCGCCAGGUCUCGUUUGUCAACAACAUUGCCACCAUCAAGGGCGGCAAACACGUCGACCUCGUCGAGCAGCAGAUUGUGACCAAGAUUGCCGACCACGUCAAGAAGAACAAGAAGAACGGGCCGGUGAAGCUGCCGUCGAUCCGGCAGCAGCUGUGGGUCUUUGUCAACUGCCAGAUUGUCAACCCGACCUUUGAUGGCCAGACAAAAGAAACCAUGACGCUCAAGGCCAGCGCCUUUGGAAGCAAGUGGACGCUGUCCGAGGAGAUGCUCAAGAAGAUUCUCCGCUCUGGUGUCGUCGACAACGUCCUCUCCUUUGCCAAGUUCCAGCAGGAGAAGCAGCUGAAGCGCACCGACGGCCACAAGCGCACCCGCAUCACCGGCAUCACCAAGCUCGAAGACGCCAACAACGCGGGCGACCGGCGCCGCGCCAAGGACUGCACCCUAAUCCUCACCGAGGGCGACUCAGCCAAGGCCCUCGCCGUCUCGGGUCUCACCGAAGUGGGCCGCGACAACUACGGCGUGUUCCCGCUGCGUGGCAAGCUCCUCAACGUGCGCGAGGCCGGCCACGAGGCCAUUAUGAAGAACACCGAGAUCUCGGCCAUCAAGACCAUCAUGGGUCUCCAGCACGGCAAGCAGUACAUGAGCGUCGACAGCCUCCGCUACGGCUCCCUGAUGAUCAUGACGGACCAGGACCACGACGGAUCGCACAUUAAGGGCCUCAUCAUCAAUUUCCUCGACCACUUCUUCCCCUCACUCCUCAAGCAGCCCAACUUCCUCGUCGAGUUCAUCACCCCCAUUGUCAAGUGCACAAAGGGCAAGCAGGAGAUCUCCUUCUUCACCCUGCCAGAGUACGAGGUGUGGAAGGAGGAGCACAACGACGGCCGCGGCUGGAACAUCAAGUACUACAAGGGUCUGGGUACCAGCACGGCACAGGAUGCGAAAAAGUACUUUAGGGCGAUGAACAAGCACAUGCUGCCCUUCCAGACAACGCAGGAGGGCGACCGCGAGCUCAUCGACCUGGCUUUCAACAAGAAGAAGGCAGACGAGCGAAAGGAGUGGCUGAGCCAGUUCAAGCCAGGCACCUUCCUUGACCACAACAUUGCCCAGGUGCCCAUUUCGGACUUUAUCAACAAGGAGCUCAUCCUCUUCUCCAUGGCCGACAACGUGCGCUCGAUUCCCAGCAUCGUCGAUGGCCUCAAGCCCGGCCAGCGCAAGGUCAUGUUUGGCUGCUUCAAGCGCAAGCUCAAGGCCGAGAUCAAGGUCGCCCAGCUGUCGGGCUACAUUGGCGAGCACUCGGCCUACCACCACGGUGACGUCUCGCUCACUGCAACCAUUGUCAACCUGGCGCAGGACUUUGUCGGUGCCAAUAACGUCAAUGUGCUCAUGCCAAACGGUCAAUUCGGCACGCGCAUGAUGGGUGGCAAGGACGCUGCCAGCGCCCGUUACAUCUUCACCAACAUCUCCGACAUUACCCGCAAGAUCUUCCACCCCGCCGACGACAACUUGCUCACCUACCUCAACGACGACGGCCAGAGCAUCGAGCCGCAGUGGUACAUGCCCACGGUGCCCCUCGUCCUCAUCAAUGGAUCCGACGGCAUCGGCACCGGCUGGUCGUCGCAGGUGCCCAACUACAACCCCAAGGACAUUGUCGCCAACCUGCGCCGGCGCAUGGCCGGCGAAGAGUACGUGCCCAUGUCGCCUUGGUACCGCGGCUUCACGGGCACAAUCGUUGCCGAGGGCGGCCCGGGCAAAUAUAAGUGCACGGGAACCUACAAUCAAAUUGAUGACAAGACGUGGGAGAUCACCGAGCUGCCGAUCCGCAGCUGGACCUCGACGUACAAGGAGCUCCUCGAGGAGCGGCUGGCAGGCACCGAAAAGGUGCCGGCCGUCAUCAAGGAGUACAAGGAGUACCACACCGACACGACGGUCCACUUUAUCAUUGAGCUCAACCCCAAGGGCCAGGCCGAGGUGGCCGAAAAGGGCCCCGAGGUCUUCUUCAAGCUGACGACGCCCAUCAGCACCACCAACAUGGUCCUCUUUGACCAGUGGGGCAAGAUCAAGCGCUAUGCGACGCCCGAGGAGAUCCUCGACGAGUUCUACCUCCUCCGCCUGGACAUGUACGGCAAGCGAAAGGAGUUCCUCGUCGACGAGCUCAAGAUGCAGUACGAGCGGCUGUCGAACCAGGCCCGCUUCGUGCAGAUGAUCAUCUCGCGCGAGCUCAUCGUCAACAACCGCAAGCGCGCCGAGCUCGUCGACGAGCUGCGCAAGCGUGACUUCCGGCCGUUCCCCAAGCAGGGCAAAGCUAAAGUUGCGGCCGAAGUCGACGAUGACGACGAGGCAGAAGACGACCAGAGCGGCACGGACGGCGACUACGACUACCUGCUGAGCAUGGCCAUCUGGAGCUUGACAAAGGAAAAAGUCGACAGGCUGCUGGGCCAGCGCGACGAAAAGGAGCGCGAGCUCAACGUCCUCCUCCGCCGCACGCCCCAGAACCUGUGGGACGAGGACCUGCUGCGGUUCACCGAGGAGUGGGACAAGAUGCUCGACGAGGAUGAGCGGCGGCUCAAGGACGUGUCCAAGAAUCGUAAGAACAAGCCAGGUGGUGGCGCGGCCAAGGGCGCAAAGGCCGGCGCCAAAGCACGGAAGGUGCUCAAGAAAAAGGCCGGCUCCGACGACGACGACGACGAUGCGCUCGACCUCGACGACGACAGCGAGGACGAAUUCAAGAUUGCGGCGCCCAAGCCAAAGAAGAAACCUGCGUCGCCCGUCAAGAAGCCCGCCAGUGGCUCGGCCAAGGCUCCAGCGGAGGCCCCAGCGAAGCCAGCAACGGCGAAUGGCGGCGCACCCAAGCGCGCUGUGACAGACGGCUCCGACACCGAGAAGUCGCCGGCCAAGAAGCAGAAGAGCCCGCUGCCUUUCUCGAUGCCCAAAGACGAGAACGAGGACGAGGACGACUACCUCGUGCCGACCAAGGCCAAGGCCAAGCCAAAGGCGCCCGCCAAGAGCAGAAGCGUCUCGGCAGCAUCUUCCGCGCCCAAGAAGAAGUCGCCGGCCGUCAAGGUCGACUUGGACGAUGAUGAUGACGACGAUGCGAGUGUGGGCGCGGGGGACGAGGACGGAGACGAUUCCAUCAUGGCUGACCCGCCGCCAAAGAGGGCGCCGAGCGGGCGAGCCAGAAAGCCCACGGCGGCGGCGGCGGCGAGCUCGCAGAAGAGCGCCUACGUCGACGACUCAGACGACGGCGACGAGGCCCACGAAGAGGAGGACGAAGAUGCGUACGAAGACUAGAGUUCCAUCGUCCUGCCUUUAGAAGAGCAUCCAAGGACUUGCCCUGUACACUUUCUUGCCUCUCCUUUCCAACAUAUACACGGGACGGACAGGAGAGGCAGACCCUUUUGUAGAGCUUCUGAUCCCUCGCAUGACGAGGUGCAUUCUUUUCUUCUCUUCUCUUCUCUUUCUUGUUGUAGGAAUAUCAUUCAUG